AAGGAAAAUAUGCUUCAUUUGUAAAACUUGCUCGGUCCCCGAGGAGAAGAGAGAACCACCCCCCCCCACCCCCCCUUUGGAAGCAAAGCAUUUGCAAGUUUUGUCACUCUGUUUUUUUUGGUUGUUGUUGUUGUCACGAGUUUGGAGCGGAGAAACGACGAAAGACCAUUUUUUUUGGUUCUAUUACUAUCACAUUCUCACUUCCUUCCCUUUCGCACGUCUCUCUCUCUCUCUCUCUCUUUCACAGAGUACGCAAAAGAGAGUGCGUCAAGACGUUUCAAGAUGGCGAUGACGAUGCCGGAUGCUGCGCUGCCGACGGGACCUGGAGGUAUGCCGGGUUACAUCUGGAACUUACCUGCGAUGCCGCCGCCCGAGGGGCAGACGUCGAAUUUUGUGAACCCGGAGACUCGCGAUAUGGAGUUGAUUGUUAUGAACGCCGUGUUUUUGAGUGCAACGGUGUUGGCGGUGGUGGUGCGGUUUGUGGCGCGGCGUACGUCUAAGGAUGUAGUUGGCUGGGAUGGAGUGAUGUGUAUUAUUGCGACGAUGGCUUCGGCUGCGCAUAGCGGCCUUAUGAUUUCGGGUCUCAGAAUUGGAUAUGGAAGGCAUCUUUGGGAUAUUCGCGCAGUCACCUUAACGCAUUCAAGGCUACUGCAACUCAACCAACUAUCCACACUAUACAUUGUCGGUAUCUGCUUUGCCAAACUAUCCGUCCUGCUGCUCUACCUCCGCUUCUUCAACGUCGUCGAAUUCACCCGCCAUCUCAUCUACUUUGGUAUCUUCUUAACGCUAUUUACAUCUGCGGCGUUCAUGGGCCACGAGAUUGCCCAGGCAGUGCUCUGCAUGGGUGUGUCGGCUGUGACGAACCAGUUCUGUAAAGCAGUCAACAAGGUGGUGACUAUCCAAGCUGCUGUCAAUGUCUUUAUCGACUUUUACAUUCUGGUAAUCCCGCUGCAGCAGGUGUGGAAGCUGAAUAUGGAUUUCCGGAGGAAGCUUGGAGUUGGUGCUGUUUUUGGAGUAGGUCUAGUGGCAUGUAUUGUCAGUGUUGUUCGCAUGGGUUGGUCGAUUCGGAAUCUCAACGAGUCUGAUCAUUUCUGGGCGGCCGUUCUGACCUCGGAGAUGACGAUUGUGGAGAUGAACACAGUCAUUAUUGCGCCUUGUCUGGUGUUUGCACCCGCUUUUGUAAAGCGCAGCAGAAGCGGAAUUUCCAGCCUUCGGACAAGGUUGGUUAGCAGCGGGCAAAGGACGCCGUCGAAGGACUCGCUCUCAGAUGUAUAUCACGACAAAACAUACCGCAACGCCUCAAAGCCUCAGAUUGUGCCACUACAGUUUGUUACGACUCCUAAAGACUACAUUGAGCCUGCGAAACCCUCUACCGCAUAUAGUCGGUAGGUCUCUGUUGCGAUGAUAUUGAUCAGGAGGUUGGCUCCAACUUGUAUGCUUGCCCAAGUUUGGAACCAAGAGGUUUUUGGAGACCUUGGCCCAAGAAUUUUUCUUGGCCAACUACAAGUAGCCGACGGACUUGUGUAUUAGGUCUAAAAUUCGUUCAUUUCUUACACAAUACCCCUCGUUGAAUCAAUUCAGAAGCGUAUUUAUUGCAGCUGAGCUACCAGAUCCUUCUCCAUGAUACCAGUAGACAUU